UAAAGGAAUGUUGGUAUGUGUUUAGGGGAAAUACCCCUCAUUUGCAUGCCACAGCUGAUAGGCAAACUGUAGCCCAAUUGAGCUUCAGACUGGAGGCAGGAAAUGCUACCGUCUCUCAAACAGGCUGCACAAUUCGGAUGUGAAUUUGCAAAGCGACUGCUGAAGGCCGAGCCUAUAUAAAUCUGGUUAUCACUGGACAUAUUUUUGCACGCGAAUGCGUCUCAACCAAUCGCGGCGUUCAGCACUAAACAGCUGACUAUUUUUGGCUCCUGUAAAAUGUAGUCUAAAUUAAUAAUUAGCCUCUCAAUAAGAUGAAAAUCUGGAAAAACACGCUGGUCUGGUUGGCAGACUGAGGGCCGGUGAAUGGAGGUCACCGCAGACAUUGAGUGAGUCUCCGCGUCGAGAGAGAGAGAGAGAGGUGGAGAGGGAGGACGGACAGCGGCCAGCCGCCUUCAAAAAUGGCGUCUCCGGAGGAAAAUUAGUAAAAGAUAUUAAAACGCGGCCUGUUUUCUUCACACUUUCUCGUUCGGUAUUGAUGUUUCUUCGCACUCCGCUUGUAUAUUUCGCCGUGCGAGCUUAUUUUGUCGUCGUAUUAUUUAAUUUUUUUACUUGAAUGGCCAAAGAGCAGAAAUCAGAUGAGCGAGCAUUUGGGGAAAUAAAGGCAGCCCUGUUUUAUUUUGAUGCGUCGUUACUGACAGCUAGCAUCUGCUGCUAGCCCCGCAGCUCCGCUCCGGAGGGGGGUGGGAACCAUUUGCAUUUAAACAAGAAGGGAAAAAAAGGAAAGAUACUUUGAAAUUGUGUUUUUUCCUUGCUCGUCCGCGGUGAGUGAUUGCUGCUACCAACGUGGCCCCGUCGAUUGCGAUCUUUUUUCUGCUGCUAGCAUCGUAGCAGAGACUGGCCUAAAGAAAGGGGAGGAGAGACGGAGAAAAGGACGCAUUCAAAUCAAAUGUUUAUCAGCAAUUCGUCCGCCACCAGCCAGAUCCAGCGGCUCCUUCAUCAUGACUGAUUUUGAAUUAAACCCGCAUUCGAGGACAUGAUACAUGUGAAAGGCGUUGGAAAAGGAGAAAGACUGGCUCUCUUUUUUUUGGAGGUAGUUGGAUUAUAACCCCGUAGACCCCCCUCUUUUUUUCAUCCAGCUUUCUCCUCCUCCCCUCCAUUUCUCUUUCAAUAUGCUGUUUUCCACUCCUGAGGACUUGCUUAUGAAACCGGGAAAAAUAGCCUGAAACCGAGAACUGGAAAGACUGGAUUUUUUCCCGUAAUCUGCGUUGCGACGUUCUCGUUGCUUUCGUCCUCAUCGCACACAUUGCAGCCACAUAAAUGGAUAGAAAUUACCCGGGAACAGGAUUUGGUGAUUUGGGCGCAGGAGCAGGAUGGAGUUACGAGAGAUCGGCAAAAGCAAGUCUUGUAUAUGGGAGUUCCAGAUCAUCCCACCCUGAGUCUGAGCUCCUUCACAGACAAGCCUACGCCACCCCACACCCUCUGCAGGGCUAUGCCACCAAUCACCACCCAGGGAGCUCUGGCCAAGGUGGGGCUUGGGGAGCAGCUGGACGGAGUUUGGGUCUGUCUGGACUCUUUGACACUGGCCUCCACCAUGCCAGCCCAUCUGCUCCCGAUGCCUCCGUCAUGAAUCUGAUCUCAGCCCUGGAGUCUCGAGGUCCCCAGCCUCCACCCUCGGCCUCCUCCCUACUUUCCCAGUUUCGCACGCCAUCCUGGCAGACAGCGAUGCAUACACCUGCUCCUCCUGAACUAUUCAUCUCUGGAGCCCUUCCUGGCUCUGGCUCCUUCCCAUCCUCUUCAGCUCUCUCAGCCUAUCAGCAUCCAGCAUCCUUCUCUAGCCGCUCUUUCCCUACGGCCUCUCUUUCCCUCCAGGACACGCCCACGUUUAGUCCCACAUCCAAUGGCCUGCUCUCUCCACACGACCCCCUGUUACAUAUCAAGGCCCCUUCCCAGUCUAGCCUGGGUUUUGAUAGACUCCUGUCCUCGCAGGGUGCUGCAGCAGCUGCCUAUAGGGGCAGCCAGGAUCCCACAAGUGCUGCAUCGGCCCAGACAUCCUCUGCCAGGCACCUGCAGUCACACCAGUUCAACCUGCUGUCAUCACAGCUCCAGGACCAGUCGUCCCAGCUGUACAAUGCAUCAGUCUUUUCCUCAGCCCAGCCUCAGACCCAAUCCCAGUCCAAUUCGGCUCAGGAACGGGCUGUUCCCCGGCAGGACAGCGUUAUCAAGCACUACCAGCGUCCCACGCCAGCUCAGUCACAGCUCUCGUCCUCUGCUGCCCACUCCCUUCAGCACUACCUCAGCUGUGGAGGGGCGGGGUACCAGCAGAUUGCCACCCACCACAGGCACGCUGGCCUUUCCUGCAGCCCACUGGGCGAACAGAGCCCCUCAUCUGACCACAAGCCUCCCGCUCGCACUGAGCAGUAUCGGCCAAUCAUCCAGCCUCCCUAUACCUCCUCCUCCUCUUCCUCGUCGUCUUCUUCAGCUGGGAAAGGUACAAAAAGCAGCUCCAGCAGUGGCUAUUCUUCUGCCAGUUCAGCAUCAUCCUCAAGAACUCCCCACACACCCCCUUCUGCUUCCUCUACCUCUUCUUCCUCCUCCUCUUCUUCUGCCACCUCUGGGGCUCACCCUUCCAACUCAAUCCCCACUGCCAGCUCCAGCGCAGCCCCUUCAAGGCAGCAGCCACCCCCUCAACCAGCCCCUCCUCCCCCUGCCCCACAGCAGCAGCAGCCCCCUGCCUCCUCCACGUCAGCCCCACAGUCUCUCCCCAAAUCCUGCCUCUCAGGCUACGGUUCUCCUGUUCCCCCAGUGAAGACACCCACCUCUGCUCUUACUGGUCAGACCCCGCCCCAACAACAGACACAGUCAUAUUCCCCUAAUCAGCCCCCUACUUCCCACCUGGCUCAGUCCUACGGAGGCUUCAGUUCACCACAAGCCCAAGACCUGAGCUCAGGUACAGGUGGAAAAGGCUAUGGGAGUUUAGGAGGGCGAAGCCAGUCAUACCCCACCGAUAUAUAUGGAGCUGACUCUGCUUAUGGAUCACUCCCAUCCUCUCUGGGUGGAGCUGGAAGCCCAUCUCUAGGCUACGGAGCCCCAGGUCAUUCCCCUGCCCUUUUAAGGUCGAGUGGUUCAUCGGGUAGUGGCGCAUCUGGGGGAGGAAGCGGUGGCGGCACAGGAAGUGGGAACUCCGGGUCAGGAGGAGGAGCGGGAAAUAGUAUGACUAAUGAGAGAGGUGAAGGUGGUAGUGGUGGAGGGUCUUAUCAUAUCCCAGACUCAAGCCCCUCUCCAUCAGGCAACUCGGGCAUCAUCCGUCCAGGGUUGCACUCCCCAGUGCCCACAUGCCCCACACAAUCUCCAGGAGGUGCAGGCUCUAAUAAAUACAUUUCCUCGAUUCUCUCCCCCACCUUCCUCGCCUCCCCACAGGGCUACCCUGACACCAGAGGCCCCAGCUCCCAAUCUCAGUCCUAUCAUUCCACCUCCUCCAAAACAAAGGACACGUCCAUGCUCGGAGUGGGCUCUCAGAGAUCUCAAGAGGAAGUAGAUGACGACGAUGAGUUCUUGAUCCAGCACCUGCUACAAGCCCAAGCAAGUCCCGGACCCCAGCCUGCUCAUCACCAUCCUCAACAACAACCCCAACAGACAUCUCAACAAACACAGCCUCAGCCCCAGUCAGUGCCCCCAACCACUGAUUCAGGCAAAGGGCUGAGCUAUGACAUGGGUAAGAGCUCUGAGGAGAGGUACCACCCCCAGAGUGUCAUACGCACCCACAGUGCCACAUCUACUGGUAAUGCAGGGUCUGGAGGGGCCAUCUCAGGGCUGGAAAACCAGCUGGAGAUGUCACUAAAGAAACAACAGCAACAACAUCAACAACACCAUCAUCAACAGCAACAGCAGCAGCAACGGAACGAGAGGUCUGUUGGAAGCAGCAGGAGCAGUGGGGGAAGAGACAGCGCUGAACAAGUGCACUCCCAUCUCCAUCACCAUGACAACCUAGGCUCGGUAGUCCACUAUGGCCGAGGUGACCCAUACAGUCAACACUCCCUUGCUCCUCAACACUCCUCACACAGUCAGCAUGUGUCCUCACACUCCCAGAUACCACCGCACACCCAAAUGGAGCUCCAAAAGAAGCCGCAAGAGCGGGCUGAAAUCCCAUAUUCCCGGAAAACACCGGAAGUUCAGCAACAACAUUCCCAGUCUCAAGCUGCUGGCUCCCUCAUGGACUCUCCCACUGAUCAGUCCCGUCAGCCACCACACCUGCUCCAGUCAGUGCUGUCCCAUACCACCCGCAACAAGCUGGAGCAGCACCACAAGAUGGAUUCUCACCAACAACACCAACAGCAGCACCACAAAAUGGACUCCCAUCAGCAACACCAACAGCAUCACAAAAUGGACUCCCACCAACCACAUCAGCAACACCCAAAAAUGGACUCCCACCCUCAGCAUCAACAGCACCAUAAAAUGGACUCUCAUCCCCAACAGCAGCAGCACUCUAUUAGCCAACAGCAAGCUGUAAUGGAAAGUGGAGGUGGGACACUUGGCUCAAGUAAACAUCAGAGUCAGUCUCAGUCCCAAACCACCCAACUCCAGCUUCAGCUCCAGUCCCAGGCUUUGGAGGUGGCAGCGGCUCACUACAACCAUGGCCCCCCGUCACAUCAGCACGAGCAGAGCCAGGUUAAACAAAGCUCUGUGGUGUCUUCUUUGGACAUGCUGGAGCGCUCCCUUUCUCAGACCUCCAGCACAGAUGUAGCUGUUGCAGAGGACAGGCGUGGUAGACCAGGCAGUGUUGGAAGGAGUGGAGGUAGCAGUGAGCGCCACAGACAGCAGCAGGAGCAGCAGCAGAGGCAGCACCCAUCCCACCAUCACACACAGCAACACUCAGCCUCUGAGCUCCACUCCUUUCUCUCUGAGCCCGAUAUCGGCUUAUCCACCCCGCCUCACAUGCACCAUCUUUCACAGCACCACCCCCAGCAGCAGCACCCCAGCACUCAACAUCAACAAACCCACUCUCACCACCCUCACCAGCAACCCCAGUCUGACCAACAGCAGCCACUAUCAUCCCAGCUCACCCCUCAGCAGAGCCAGCUGGACCAACAGCGCUCUGAGCAGCACCAGUUUGACACAGUCAGCCCAGUGGAGAAAUCAGACCAGAAUCAACAAAGUAACCGCUUUGUACCCUUAACUUCCAUCUGCUUCCCGGACUCCCUCCUUCAGGAUGAGGACCGCUCCUUUUUUCCAGGAAUGGAAGACAUGUUUUGUGCAGAGGACUACAAGUCAAGCUGUGCUGGAGGGGCAGGACCAGGACAGGAGGAGAUGAAUGAAAGCCACACUGGACAAGAGGGAAUGGAUUCAAUGAAAGCAGGACAGGGUGGGGGUGGAGCAGGGGGAAGUGGUGGUGCUAGCUAUGACAUAAUGGGUCACCAUGGUGGAGAUCAAGGUUAUGAACCCUACUGUCAUGGCCUGGGAGAACCCAACAACAACACCAUGACUCUGGAUCUAGACUCCCUUAAAACCCACGAGCUCCCUUCCACUGUGAACACUGAACAGCUAGGACUAAUACAGUCCCAGGCCCCAGCUAUGGGUAUGGGUCCCAAUCCUGCUGGACCCAACAACUCUGGAGCCAAACUGUCCUCUGGGCCUGGAGGUACCAGCCAAGGAGCUGGUUCUGGAGGCCUCCAAUCUCCCAUUUUCUGCUCCUCUCGUCCCAAGAAGCUCCUCAAGUCCAGCUCUUUCCACCUGUUAAAGGAGCGUCGGGACCCCAACACACUGCCUAAAAAGAGUUACGCUCAAGAAUAUGAGUUUGAAGAUGAUGAGGAUAAAGCCGACCAGCCAGCGGACAUUCGGUUGAACAGCCGGAGGCUCCCGGACCUUUUGCCAGACUUGGUGUCCAGCUGCAGAAAGGGAGGAGGAGGAGGAGGAGGAGGAGGUAGUGGCUCUCUCAGUCCUUUAAUGGGUGACAUUGACUUCUACCACUCCUCUGGUUACUCCUCAAUGGGUUCACACUCUCUUCAGCCUCAGGAUGGACCCAAGAAGAGGGGUCGAAAGCCCACUAGACCCAAGAGAGAAGGUCCGCCGAGGCCAAGAGGUAGGCCUCGCAUCCGCCCAAUGCCUGAGCCCUACACUCCACGAGGCAUGAUGGGGGAGAUGAGUGCGACGACAGCAGGAGGGGGAUUCAGUGUGGAGGGACGAGGUAGGGGUAGGGGCCGUGGAAGCCGAGGUAGAGGACAAAGGAGGGAGGAUAUGUACAUGGAAAUGAGCGGGAAGGAGCAGGAUCCGAUGCAACAACAUCACCUCCAUCAGCAGCCACCACAUCAGCUCCAUCACCAGCCCCAACAGCAGCUACACGAGCCUAUUCCUCCUCUGAAGAUCAAGUUACCAAUUGGUACCCUGUCCUCCUCUGAUGCCUUGCUGAGGACGGACUCUUUGUCUGGCACGGACCCUGCUUUGUCGGACGGCUCAGUGGGCUCCGCUCCCUCACUUGGUUUAAGUCCUGGACCUCCCUGCAGCACUGAAAGCAACAGAAGUCAGGAAAAGAACAAACAGAAAAUCCACAUGAUGAGUGAAGGAGUUGAUGAUGAGGGGAUGGAGGAAAGGGGCGAUGAAAAAGACUCAGAGUCCAAGGCCGGCUUCGUCGCAUCAUUCUUGGACUUCCUCAAGACCGGGAAGAGACCUCCAGGCUUGGACAUCUCUCCAGGAAUGGAACCUGACAAUGGUGAAACCUCACCCUGUAAAUCGGGAGGUCUGCGUCCAUUGUCUCCUGCACCUCAUCUUUCACUGCCGCCCCCGCCGUUCGGGGACAGUGAAGGGAAUGGGGGUCUGGCUCUGGGAAACUGCCCAAGCCCAAAGCGCUUGGAAGAUGAGCUAAAGAGGAACUUGGAGACCUUGCCUUCAUUCUCCUCUGAUGAGGAGGACUCAGUCGGAAAGAAUCAAGACCUCCAGAAGAGUAUUUCCUCAGCCAUUUCUGCCUUGUAUGACACUCCUCAGCUGACCUCUAACAUCCAGACCCCGCUACCUCCUACACCUCCCCAGCAUCAGCCUCCUCAGUCCCCACUUACUCCUACACUGCAGCCCCCCACACUUAGCCCACAGCCUUCCAUGCAUACGCCUCACGCCCUGCCCGAGUCCAACGAACCUGAUGUCCUCCAGCCAGAAGAGGGAGACAUAGAUGAGAACAAAGAUGAGGAGAAUGAAGAUGAGAGGAGCAUAGGAGGGAAUGAAGAGAGUGAUAUGACAGAGGAGAGAGAGCCACAGCUGGAAACCCUCUGUGCCCCCAAUCUUGAUGCGUGUUUCCCCGAGAUUCCUCCACAGCCAGAAACUCCUGAACCUCCCUCUGUCCCCCCAUCUCCCACCUCAUCCUCCUCUCCUUCUCACUCCCCCCUCCCUCUCCUCUCACUCCCCUCACCCCUGCCUCAACCAGAGGAACAACAGGAGAAUUCCCAGCCUCUAAGCCCUGUUGCUCCCACAUGCCCGUCUCCGCCACCUCCCCCACCCACUACUCUCCCUCAGCCUGCUUCCCCUCCUCCUCCAAUUUCCCCUCCCCCCCCAUCUUCAAUUCAGAAGGAGUCUCCCGUGCCAUCUCCAGAGUCCCCUGCCUCUCCCGAAGAGCCGCCAGCUCCUAAGAUCAACUCCCUGCACCUUGCCCAGAAGCAAGAAGAUGCUGCCAUUGCUGGAGAGAGUGAGGAGGAUGAGAGCGAGAGUGGAGGCGAGGGCAUCUUCAGAGAAAGGGACGAGUUUGUGGUACGGGUGGAGGACAUUCGGACUCUCAAGCUGGCCUUGCAGACGGGCCGUGAGCCUCCUCCCAUCUGGAGGGUGCAGAAAGCGCUGCUGCAGAAGUUCAGCCCAGAGAUCAAAGAUGGACAGAGACAGUUCUGCGCCACAAGCAAUUAUCUUGGCUACUUCGGAGAUGCCAAGAGGCGAUACCAGCGGAUCUAUGUCAAGUUUCUGGAGAAUGUCAACAAGAAGGACUAUGUCAGAGUCUGCUCUCGGAGACCUUGGCGCCGAGCCACACCUGCUCUAAGACGUCAGUCCCUCUCCAGAAUGGCCUCCCCUGCUGCCACCCAGGUGCCACCGAGAGUAGAGAAAGAGGAGAGAGUGGCACCACCAGUCCAGCGUGAACAGAGGGAGAAAACCAGAACCGCAACAACAAAAGAACAACGGGAGAAAAAAGAGGUUUCAACUGCUCUGCCGAAAGCAAAGGAGAAGGAGCCUGAGAAGGAGAAGGAGAGGGAGAAGGAGAAGCGAGUGCAGCCGCAGCAGGACAAAGUGGAGAAACGUGCUGCAGUCGCUGAACGAGGUAGAGCAAAGGAGGAGAAGAAAGCAGUGGAGAGGAAGGAGAAGGAAAAGGCUGAGCGCCAACCCAAGUCCAAGCCAGCCAAAGUGAAGGCGGAGCCACCGCCAAAGAAGAGGAAGAGGUGGCUGAAGGAAAUACCUUCAUCAUCUGACUCGGACUCAUCGGAGGAGGCAGUUAGCGAGAAUGAAAUGCCAGUGAAAGGCGGAGUGAACAACCGUGCCAUGAGGGAGAUGUUCAGGAGCUACGUGGAGAUGCUGGUCAGCACAGCCCUGGACCCCGACAUGAUCCAAGCCCUGGAGGACACUGACGAUGAGCUUUACCUCCCACCGAUGAGGAAGAUUGACAGCAUCAUCAGUGAACAGAAGAGGAGGUUGUUGAGGAGAGUCAGCAUGAGCUCUCAGCACCAGGAGUUCCUGCAUGCUUACCCCCAGAUCAUAGUCGACCCCCUGGACUCUGGAUUGGUCAGGGUGCGGCUAAGUGGGGAUGCUUACAACCGAAAGACCCUCAACAGAGUCAAAAAGACCCUGCCUAAACCACAGGACCUUAAACUGUCAGCAGAGACGUAUCGAAUCUACAGUCUCUUCCACUCCCUGCAUCACUAUAAAUACCACACCUUCUUACAGUGCAAGAAAGAGACCAACACCAUUGAGCAGGCAGCUGAGGACCCGGGCCAAGAGGAAGUGGUGCAGCAGUGCAUGGCCAACCAGAGCUGGCUGGACACCCUCUUCAGCUCCUUCAUCGAGCUGCUCACGCUCAGCACCAAAGCCUGAGUCGACCACAGAGAGAGAGAAAGAGAGAGCAUUCAUUAAAGCAAGAGGAUUUAAAAAAACAAAAUGAAGAUGCAGAGAGAUGGAUCCUACUGUACAGCCCCCCGACCCGCUUCAAGUCUCUAAGAUCUGAGGAUGAAUUUUUAAGGCCCUUGACGAACACAAGGAGGUCUAUUCAUGUGACCUCGGACACUGGCCUCUGUUCUUUUUCUUGUUGUUGAUCACUGACUAAAGAAAUGUCUUACUUUGUGAGGGGGGACCCUACUGGAUCAGGGGUCACUGGCGGGGUCAAGAGGGAAUUGACCGUUGUGGAAAAGGGAGUGACGCGAAGUGGAAGGACAAAGCAGAGGAGCUGUAACGCCAAGUCAACAGAGCAGCCACUGACAUCUUGUUAACUGUGUGUCAUGAAGAAAAUAGUUCAAAGAGAAACUAUUACCACUUAGUUUUUACAUAAAUUAUUUUUUUGAAGACUAACAUCAGCUGUUGGCUUUUGAAAAGAGUGGAAGAGGGUGAGAAUGCUUUUUAAACUGCGUGUAGAGUGUGUCGUGAGCAGAGUGAACACUCACUCGUCCACGGAUAGAAACAUGAAAUGUGUUAAUAAACGCUCUCUCUCAUCCUGUGCUAUGUGAAGGGCAGCACCAGUCAGCUGUGUGAUAAUAUAUAAACACAUUUUUAUUAUUUAUAUGAGGAGGUUUUUAACUUAAACUCUCACCAGCACUGGGUUGCUGCCCUAACAUUUUAAAACCCUUUUUAUUUUCCACAGGAUCAGUAUGCAGUCGUUUCCCACAUAUCCAAGCCGUCUUCCCCUCUAUUCAAAGAACAGACGUUGAGACAAAAAUAUUGUAUCAAAUACAGUGGGUGUAAUAAAAUAACAGAAAAAAAAGUAAGAAAAGUAAAAAAGAAGAGAAUGGGGGAAAAUCUAUUUGAAACUUAACAUUGUUGUGCUUCAGUUCAAUCAUCCGUCAUGCAGGUGCAAAGAAAAAGAAGUAAACUUUCCAUUUCCCAUGUGGGAAGAAGGAGUAUAAAUAAGUAAUAUUUAAAGAGGAAAUAGUCAUUUCAUUUUUAUCAUUUUGAUGUUUGUGCAUACUAUGACUUAUUUUGAAAACAAUCUAAUUUUCCAUAAAAAAAGGAAAAAAAGGCUUGUAAAUAUUGUACAGUUCUUGAUGAAAUUCUUUGUCCUUCUGUACAUUAACUCUCCUGUAUUUGAGAAACAAAUAAAAUCUGCAAAGAACAAAUGG